CCCUCCUCAAACUAACCCCCCGGCUAAACCCUAGCCGCCGCGCCUCCCCCCAGCGCUCCACCUCCUCCUCCACGUACCUCCAGCUCCGUCUCCGGCGGCGGCCCCAAGCGCGCGCGCGGCGAGGAUGAACGUGAAGGGCGGCGGCCGGAUCCCGGCGCCCCCGCCGGGGGCCGGCGCGCUGGUCAAGGUCGCCGUGUUCGGCGGCGCCGCCGUGUACGCCGCCAUGAACAGCCUCUACAACGUCGAGGGCGGGCACCGCGCCAUCGUCUUCAACCGCAUCCAGGGGAUCAAGGACAAGGUAUACCCUGAAGGGACUCACUUUAUGAUUCCAUGGUUUGAACGGCCAAUCAUUUAUGAUGUCCGCGCUCGCCCGAAUCUUGUUGAGAGUACUUCUGGAAGCAGGGAUCUUCAGAUGGUGAAAAUUGGUCUUCGUGUCCUCACAAGGCCUAUGCCAGAGAGGCUACCCCAUAUUUACAGGACACUUGGGGAGAACUUCAACGAGCGAGUUCUGCCUUCUAUCAUUCAUGAAACACUGAAAGCUGUUGUCGCCCAAUACAAUGCUAGCCAACUGAUCACACAGAGAGAGACUGUGAGUAGGGAGAUUAGGAAAAUAUUGACUGAGAGGGCCAGAAACUUCAACAUUGCCCUUGAUGAUGUCUCAAUUACGAGCCUGAGCUUUGGGAAGGAGUUUACCCAUGCCAUUGAGGCCAAACAGGUUGCCGCUCAGGAAGCUGAGCGGGCAAAGUUCAUUGUCGAGAAAGCUGAGCAAGAUAAGAGAAGUGCAAUUAUCAGGGCUCAGGGAGAGGCCAAGUCUGCAGAGCUGAUUGGCCAGGCCAUCGCAAACAACCCUGCUUUCCUUGCCCUGAGGCAGAUUGAAGCUGCAAGGGAGAUCUCUCACACCAUCGCGGCCUCAGCCAACAAGGUCUUCCUGGACUCCAACGACCUGCUGCUCAACCUUCAGCAGCUGAGUGUGUCAGGCAAGCAGAAGAAAUGAUGUCGCCCUUCUUCACUUUGUUCUGAGUGUGGAUGUCGUUGUACCAGACAUCGUGAGGGACGCUCAGUUUUGAAUGAAGUCUCGCUAGUUGACCCUCUUUGAUACGGUAGUUGCGAACUAGGUGCGUGUCAAAUGGACUGGAAAACGCAAACAAACUGGCAUGUUUCAUUUGAACGAUGUCCUCUAGGAUGUUCAAUAAGGAACAAAUUCUGUUUUUUGAUCUCAAUAUGUUAUGAUGGGUAUUUUUUUGUUCC